CAUUAUUUAAUUAAAUUAGAGUUGACAAGAUCACAGUGCACAGUUAAGAUCAGAGUGCUUCUUGGAAUUGUUCACGUUUGCUGUUGUCUCUGUUGUGUCGGCAUUUUGCUCCGCCUCAAUCUGCAUAUCCUGGGACUCAGUCAUGCCUUAGAGGAUGACAAAUCGAUUGAGAAUUGCAACUGCUUUAUUUAAACCUGGUACACAGCAGUGCAGGAGCAGCAGUGGGAUGGCACUGCAGACCAUUCUGUUGGCACUGACAGUCUUCUGGGCUGCAGCACAGACUCCACCAUGCAGAAUACUGGGGAGGGCAGCCAAGCCUAACUUCUAUCAACAUGGAGACAUCAACCUUGGUGGGGUCUUCGCUCUGCGUCAAAUGCCUUUGAAAACUGCCAUGAAAUUUGACAUCAAACCAGAGUUGCAGAAGUGUUCUCGAGUUAAUUUCAGAGAAUUUCAGGUGGCUCAAACUAUGAUCUUCACCAUUGAAGAAAUAAACAACAGAACUGACCUCCUCCCCGGUGUAUCUCUUGGAUAUAAGAUAUACGAUUCCUGCAUCUCCACAAUAUUCUCUAUAAGAGCGGCUAUGGCUUUGCUGAACGGUUAUGAGGAAACACUAUCUGACACAUCAUGCUCCACACCGGCAGUAGUGCAGGCCAUUAUUGGGGAGUCUGUGUCAACUAACUCGAUGGCAAUUGCAGCAACUGUUGGAUUAUUUCGGAUUCCAGUGAUCAGUCACUUUUCAACAUGUGCAUGUCUGAGCAACAGGCAACAGUUUCCCUCAUUCUUCAGAACCAUUCCCAGUGACUAUUACCAGAGCAGAGCACUGGCUCAGCUGGUGAAGCACUUUGGCUGGACCUGGAUAGGAGCAGUGAGAAGUGAUAAUGAAUAUGGCAACAAUGGGAUGGCCACAUUUAUAGAAGCUGCUCAAGAGGAAGGGAUCUGCAUUGAGUAUUCUGAGAAAUUUCAUAUAACAGAAACAGAGAAACUACUGAAGGUUGUAGAUGUUAUCAAAAGAGGUACUGCAAAGGUAAUUGUUGCAUUUUUUUCUCAGGUUGAGAUGAAGAGUUUACUAGAACAGCUGAACCAGCAGAACAUUACUGGUUUACAAAUGGUAGGCAGUGAGGCCUGGAUAACAGCAAGUAUUCUCAUGAAUCCUACAAGUUAUAGAAUACUGGGGGGGUCGAUUGGUGUUGCUAUCACCAAAGGCAAAAUAAAUGGCUUAAAAGAAUUUGUAUUAAAGCUUCAUCCCUCACAACAUCCAGGAAACCUUGCUGUUGUAGACUUUUGGGAAAAUGCUUUUCAAUGUUCACUAAUGAAUGAAAACAAGCUUUCUCACAUUACCCCCUGCACUGGAUCUGAGAGUUUGAGUGAACUAGAAAACGAAUACACUGAUGUAUCAGAGCUGAGAAUUUCCAACAAUGUUUACAAAGCAGCAUAUGCUAUUGCUCAUUCUCUGCAUGACCUGCUGGCAUGUACACCCCAUCAAGGCUGCACAAAUAGGGUGAAAACAGAGCCCUGGCAGGUGCUUGAGGCUCUCAAAAAAGUCAAUUUUACUUUGGGAACUGGAGAGAAAGUCUCUUUUGACAGUAAUGGAGAUCCGGUAGCCAGAUAUGAGGUGGUGAACUGGCAGGUUGGUCCUGAUGGUGCAGUACAGUUCAGAGUGGUUGGCUACUAUGAUGCCUCUUUACCAUCUGGUCUGCAGUUUGUGAUGAGUCCUGCUAGUAUAGUUUGGGCAGGUGGGCAAAAACAAAAACCCACAUCAGUAUGCAGUGAGAGCUGCCCCCCAGGCACCCGGAAGGCUGUGCAGAGAGGAAGGCCUGUCUGCUGCUAUGACUGUGUGCCCUGCGCUGAAGGAGAAAUCAGCAAUGUUACAGAUUCUAAUGACUGCAUUCAGUGCCCAGACGAAUACUGGCCUAAUGCUAAAAGAGAUCAAUGUGUUUUAAAGGCUGUUGAAUUUUUGUCCUUUCAAGAAAUUAUGGGAAUCAUACUCGUCAUUUUUUCACUACUUGGAACAUCUUUAACUGUACUUGUGGCUGUGUUGUUCUUCAUUCAAAAGGACACACCCAUUGUAAAAGCCAACAACUCAGAGCUGAGCUUCCUGCUGCUCUUUUCAUUGAAACUGUGUUUCCUUUGCUCUCUUACCUUCAUCGGUCGGCCCUCUGAGUGGUCCUGUAUGCUGCGCCACACUGCGUUUGGGAUCACCUUUGUCCUCUGCAUCUCUUGUGUUCUGGGGAAAACAAUAGUGGUGUUAAUGGCCUUCAGGGCUACACUUCCAGGCAGUAAUGUCAUGAAGUGGUUUGGGCCUCUGCAGCAGAGACUGAGUGUUCUUGCUUUCACUCUCAUACAGGUCCUUAUUUGUGUGCUUUGGUUAACAAUAUCCCCUCCUUUCCCCAACAAGAACAUGAAGCACUACAAAGAAAAGAUCAUUCUAGAAUGUGAUGUAGGAUCAGCAGUGGGGUUCUGGGCUGUACUGGGUUAUAUUGGGCUCCUCUCUCUACUGUGCUUUAUUUUAGCUUUUCUGGCUCGUAAGUUGCCUGACAACUUCAAUGAAGCCAAGUUCAUCACGUUCAGCAUGCUCAUAUUCUGUGCAGUCUGGAUCACCUUUAUACCAGCUUAUGUCAGCUCACCUGGAAAGUUCACUGUAGCUGUGGAAAUAUUUGCUAUUUUAGCUUCCAGUUUUGGUUUGUUGUUCUGUAUUUUUAUUCCAAAAUGUUAUAUAAUGUUGUUCAGACCUGAGCAAAACACAAGGAAACACUUAAUGGGUAAAACACAUGCUAAAUCUCAAUGACUAGCUGUGGCACCUUGUGAUUACGCAUUUAGGGCACCACAGUUAUUAGUCACCAAAUAUAUGUUAUGUACGAUGGACACUGGUAUUACAAUUAUUAACAGGUGCCAGAUUAUGUGUUAAGGCAGAAAUGUAGGAAGUGGAUAAUAACUAAUAUAUUACUAAAACAAUGAUGAUCAUACAUCUGUGUUUAGUGUUCAUUUCUAAACAUUAGUUAGCUUGUGGCAUUACGCAUGUAAUAAUCAGUUGGCUUUCUUUUUCUUUUUGUGGUUAUUCUAUUAUUAUUAGCCUCAUUAUUCACAGAGAAAUGAGUACCUGCUAAUAUUAAAGAAUUUCACAGAUUCUAGCAAUACCCAGUAUUUAUUUUGUAAAUUGAGCAUUGUCCAUUCAUCUGAAGGGACCAACAGUCAGUCCUUACACAAACAGUGACUGUCUCUUUAGGAACAUGAAGCACAUCUGAUUAUGUCAUCUGGACAUGCAGCGUUCUUAAUCUUUGUCAAACAGUACCAGUGUGAAGAUUACUCUCCCCCCAGCAAGUGAAUAAAAGUGAGCAACAGCAACUGUGGUAGUACCCAUUCAAGCAAUACCCUACCUAUUUGUCCAGAUUAUAUUCCAUUCUGUUUGA